UGCCAAGUAUCACUUAGGACACGUGAGUAAUCCUGAGAAGAACACGUAUACCUCGAUGCAACGUCGUCAUCAGUACCGAAUACUCUACGGUUGGCGAGUUGAAGCAACGUUACGAAACCGCAGAGAGACGAUGUGAUUUGCAAAGUUGAGACGAGGACGCGAGUUUGAAAACCGAGAACGGUUGUAAGGACUAUGGCGAAAGACCUUGAAGCUUAGACGAAAAAAGAUGAUUGGCGAAAUUCUUCGAUUAGCGAAUUUUUUUAUCGAUGAUUGAAAUCAUGUGGAUGACAAAUUCAGCGGUAUGAUAUUAUUAUUAUUUAUCCUUAAUUGAUAAUAAAUAAAAAUUGAAGGAAAAUAUAAGUAAAUAUAUUUUAACUUAAUUAAUUUAUUUGGAAUCACGCCUUCAAUUUAAUAUUUGGCGUUCUAUAUCGUAUGUUCGUCAAAUAAAAUAAAUUCAUACUGAAUAUUAAUUUAUACGGUAAAAUGCAUUGACCAUUUUCGUUGCAACUAGAUUGCAGGAAUUAUAUUAAUUAUUUAAUUUUUAUAAAUGGCAGUCUUCUUCAAAGUCACUUUUCUUCGUUAUGUGUAAAUUUAAUUUCGUUUAUAAUUUCCUAAUGUUACUCGUAAUUUAAACGUAAUAUUCGGACAUGCUUUUAGAAAUCGGACGAAGCACUCAAUUUCACAGAAUUGAAUUAGGUAACGAAAUAAACCAUCAGCGAGAAGGGUAAAUGUGUCUGGUUACUCCAGGAUUUAUCAAGUAAUAAUGUAGUUAUAAAGGUGCUCGAAACGAAAUUUCCAGCCCUCAAUAAACGGGAUAAACUCGUCGAUAAUUCGUUAAAAUAAAGUUGAAACUUCGCCAGUGUUUAAAUGUUACACAAUACAUUGGAUAUUUGGUUUGAAAGCAACGGCAACGGAACAAUCUCUUGAUUCAAUAUUUAAUAUCAUAACGAAACCAAACUAAUUUUCCCGUGUAAUUAGUAUUGAUCUAAAGUGACUGCGCCGAGCGUUGCUCGCAAAGGUUUCAAUAUUUUUCGUAUAAUCUAACCUAAAUCGACAAAGUUUGUGCCAUUCGAGAACAAUUUCGCUGUUAAUCAUGAAAAUCUUUAAUUGUUUAAACAAUACGCCUUAUCGACCACGUAGAGUCCUCUGCGUUUCGAAGCUAUCCUCGUUGGAGUUCUUGCGAUCACAGAAUCCCAAUCUGAACGAAGAUCAAAUAUUGUCAAUGUUGCAAGAGCGUGGAAAGGAUCCGAACGAAAUUUUUACCGAGCAUCGACAACAGAUUACUUGCGAACAAAAUUUAGCAGCGAUUCUAAAAAAGCUCGACAUCAAUUUUUCUAUUACGAAAAGGUAACGCGAAAGAUUAUUACGUAAUAAAGUUUAAUGUCCGAUGAAACGGCUACGCCUGUAUGCAACAAAUAUAAAGAAGAAAGAUAAAAUGGAACGGGUGCUUCAGAAACGUUCGCGUCUCUUUCCCUUCAUGACUUUAUGAUUUCUCACUUUUAUAUUUUCAGAUAGUAGCUUAAUUACCUCUGUAAUUAACGCAUUGACAACCGUUUGAAUAGAUUUAUCAUUUCGUGUCUCAUCGUUCUUCGUAUUAUACGAAACGAUGUUUCACUCUUAUUCGUUAACUUCACUCGUAUUCAUUAAAUUUUCUUCUUCGGCAGAUACGAUAAACAUUAUUUUCGAAUUAUUAUACUUUCUAUUAAUUUCUAUAAAAAGAAAUUUACGAUUUUUAUAAUUUUAAAAAUUUGCAGCAAAGUAUUCUUAUUUAUCGAAAGAAAUUCUACCAAAUUUUGAAAUUAAUAUUUUUGUUCCUUUUUUUUUUUUUUUUUUUUUAAUAUUGAAUGUUACUUUUGAACUCGCGUUGUUUGCUUAGGAUAAUUUUGCGAUGAUACUAUUAAUAUCACCGUUAUGAUAAUAUGUGUUACGAUAAUAUUCGAACUUUCGUUAUAUGUAUAUUAUUUAUAUUUCAUUACACAGGAUAGCAGACGCAUGGAAAUUUAUGAAUUGGGCGGAUUUGGUGAUUCCGAUAGGUGGAGAUGGCACGUUUUUGCUAUCCUCCAAAUUAAUUACAGACAACGUGAAACCUGUGUUGGGUAUCAAUCCGAGCAUCCGACCGAACGACAAUAACAUUUUUACGCUUCCUCCGAAAUACGCGACGGACAUCGAAAGCAUAUUUGAGCGACUUCAUACAGGAAAAUACACGCUAUUGAUGCGGAGUCGCAUUCGAACAGUGAUGAAUGGAGAAGGACUUUACAGACGACCUUUUCAUAUACACGAGAAGAGUCGUACACAAGGAGAGAAAAGAGCCGAAGCUCUUGCACGAACGACACAAAGGAAAAUAGCGGACUCACUUCAACCACGGCAGAGGACUUUGCCUUGGCUGGCAUUGAACGAAGUAUUUAUAGGAGAAUUUUUGGCAGUCAGACCAAUAACUUUACAAAUCAGAAUUGAAGAUCAAGAGCCGCAUCAAGUUCGAAGUUCAGGUAUGUGCGUUUGUACAGGUACUGGCUCCCAAUUCUGGUACAAAUCUAUUAACAUCCAAUCGGCCGAAACCGUACGAUGUAUCGUCGAAAUAGCCACCGGCAUUAAAUUAAGCAACGAGGAAACCAACGAAUUACUCCACAAAUAUCAUCAAGCUCUCAUCUAUUCUCCAGAGGAUUUGAACAUGGUAUACAUGAUCCGCGAAAUGUAUCAUACUACACGUUGCAAGAACCAGAAAUGUUGCCCGGACAGACAAAAGUGCAACAAGCUUACUGUGAAAUCCUGUGGCUUUGACGCUGGCUUGGUGAUAGACGGAAGCAUUUCUUUGCCCUUCAACGACGGCACUAUCGCAACUUUCGAUAUCAAACCUGAGUAUUCGUUGAGAAGCAUCAUGCUCACUUGAUGUACAGUUAUCAUGUAGCUGCAUUAAAACAAGUUUCUCUGGGAAGCGAGCUUGUGUGGUAGAACUUUUCACAGGAAUAUAAGUGUCUAAUCAACAAAUUAAAAGUAAACUUCUUCUCGCAUUUCUCUUUUCUACUUCCCGUUUCGUAUUUUUAUUUUCUAUAGUUUAAUCUUAUUCCAUUUAUGAAAAUUUAUUUUAUGCGGAAUAUCGAAAUUUCGCUAUCGUUUAAUUUAUCUAACUUUUGCAAUUGCAUAUAAAAAUUACCUAAUAAAUAACGAUUUUUCUUUCAUACGGGCAAACGAAGCAAGAGAGCUUUUCCUUUUACGAUCUUCCAGUUCCGACUUUAAUGCAGUCCGAUUUCUUAUUUAUCUCUAAUGACGAAGGCGUAGGGCAAAGUAGCAAGUAAUUGCGCGCAU